UCAGUCUGUCAGAUCGCCCCAUAGACGACAGCUUGCGAGUUGUGUGCGUUUGAUUCGCCUGAAAUAACAGACGAUUGCGGAAAAAAAUUUGACGUUUGUGAGCUUAUUAGCUAAUUGAGUGUGGUAUAUUUUCAUUUUUUUUUCCGUUUCAUCAAAGCUUCAGCUGUGUACAAAGGAGCACUAAGUUAGGUAGCCGACAUCGUUUACGUUAGCUGCCUUGUUAUGCACAUUCGCUAACAUUAGCCAUUGUUUUGUUUUUAAGACAUUUCAUCGGUUGACAUCAGCUAGCUAGCUUUUCUUUAAGAAAGCAGUUUGUAUUUAGAUGGCAAGCUUUCCAGAUUUUGUAAACGAAAAUGAAAUAGCCAAGGCCAAGUUAAUUGGGGAACUUCCAGCGCCAGUUGCUCCUUUCGACCAGAAGUCUGGGCGGGAGACCUGGACUGUGGCCUUUGCUCCAGAUGGUUCCUACUUCGCUUGGUCUCAGGGAUACCGUAUAGUGAGGCUCAUACCCUGGUCAAAAUGCUUGAAAAGCUUCUCUGUAGGGCUGAAUGGGGUCGGGCCCGGGCGCAUUUCGCGGAAGAGCAGCGUGGGCCAGCUGCAAGGCAGCGUGCCCUGCGAGCACACCAUCGACUGCGGUGACAUCGUGUGGGGGCUGGCCUUCGGCUCGUCCGUGCCCGAGAAGCAGAGCCGCUGCGUCAACGUGGAGUGGCACCGCUUCAAGUUCGGCCAGGACCAGCUGCUGCUCGCCACUGGCCUCAACAACGGCCGCAUCAAGAUCUGGGACGUCUACACCGGCAAGCUGCUCCUGAACUUGCUGGACCACACAGACAUUGUGCGAGACCUGGCUUUCGCCCCCGACGGCAGCCUCAUGCUGGUAUCCGCGUCCCGAGACAGAACGCUGCGCGUGUGGGACCUCAAAGACGACGGGAACAUGGUGAAAGUGCUGCGGGGCCACCAGAACUGGGUGUACUGCUGCGCCUUCUCCCCCGACUCCUCUGUGCUCUGCUCGGUGGGGGCCGGUAAAGCGGUGUUUCUCUGGGACAUGGAUAAGUAUUCUCUGAUCCGCAAGCUGGAGGGCCAUCACAACGACGUGGUGUCUUGCGAUUUCUCUCCUGACGGGGCCCUGCUGGCCACAGCCUCGUACGACACCCGCGUCACCGUGUGGGACCCCCACCUGGGCACGAUGCUGCUGGAGCUGGGGCACCUGUUCCCUCCCCCCUCGCCCAUUUUCGCAGGGGGGGCCAAUGACCGCUGGGUGCGCUCCGUAGCUUUCUGCCACGACGGACUCCACAUCGCCAGCAUCGCGGACGACAGGCUCAUGCGUAUCUGGAGCCUGGAGGAGAAGUCCCCCCAGGCCGUGGCCCAGCUCAGCAGCGGCCUGUGCUGUGCCUUCUCCACUGACGGCAACGUGCUGGCAGCAGGGUCCCGCGACGGCAGCGUGCGUCUGUGGGCGUCCCCGCGCAGCGUCGCCAGCCUGCAGCACCUGAGCCGCGUGGCCCUGCGCAGAGUGACGUCCACCCAGCAGGUGCAGCGGCUGCCCAUCCCGCCCCCGCUGCUGGCCUACCUGACCUACAGGACUGUCUGAGCGGACAGGCGCGACCGUGCACUGUGAACUCCCCUUUACGGACAGCACGUACAGCAAGGGAAAGGAGGGAGGACGGCUUGGUGCGGUGCUCAGAGAAAAGCCUUGCUGUAUUGCUGUCUGGUCACAACGUUGCGUGUAUUCAUUGUUUGUACCUUUUGCCUUUUGAUAUGUUGUGGUCUUUUUUGUUUUUGAAACAGAGAUGAAGCAAUUAUUAAUAUUGUUCCAGCAAUGAGCCAUCUGAGUUUAUGUUAGCAGAAGAAAUGGUUGUACAGCUGCAACAGUUCAGAAGCCUAGCAGUACCAAGUACUUCAUCGGGACACUUGCAAGCUUGAAUGAAAAGUCUCGCAGCCGGAGGAUAAAGCCCCUUACCUCUCCCAAGUAAGAGGGACUGAGUGUUUGCAGACUGUCUCGAGGCACUCCGAUUAUGUGGAUAGACCGUGUCAGCAGAAGUGGUUUUUGAGGGGCGGGGGCUGUAUGCACGCAAGUGUGCUCUCCAGAUCCCGACUGCACAAACGAGCAGUCUUUCAGAUGCGUGGGCCCUCUUAAGUGCCUUUGAAAUUUAGCACUUAACACUCGACACUUAACGCUAGCUGCUCUAGCUCAGUUCAGUUAGUCUUAACACAGAGGCUUUCGCUCUGUGAAUUUACAGUGAAAGUCAAUAUUGAAUUUCAAGACGGACUGCUCUGACCUUUUUGACGUGUAUCUUGUCAACCUGUAUAUAAAUCUGUAAAGAUUAUUCCAUUACAAUAUCAAAGUGUUUUCUUUGCUGGAAUAUACUGGUUCAGUUCAGUUUUUUGCCGUUCAUUGUUUCAUAUAUACCUGUAAAUGUAUUUUUCUGUGCAUAUUUUUUCAUGUGUAAA